AUGAGCAUUGCAUCACAAAGUAAUUCUCAUUUUCUCUCCAUCAGAUACAAAAGCCAGCGAAUACUCAAGUUUUGGCUCGUCGGUUGCAGCCUUCUUCAACCAGCUUUCGCACAAGGAUACAUUCAAAGAGCUUCAGAGGUCAUCCAAAUAAGAAAAGGCGCUGGCAAACGGAUGGAAAGCAAGAGCGACAGUGAGAGUAGAAGUGAAAAAAAUGCGGGUUUUCCGUCUUUUGGGCGUAAAGACGGAGGUGAACAAAGUGAGAUGAAGCCAUUAAGUCACGAGAGCAAUGAGAACGGCGGAAUUGGAGGUGACGAAAAAGAUACCGGAAAAGGGCUUGCAAGAACCCUUACUCUAACUAAUGGUGUCAACAUAAUUGUUGGAAUCAUCAUAGGAGCGGGCAUUUUUGUGGGUCCUACAGGAAUCCAAGAAGCUGCUGGGUCUGUUGGAGCCUCACUUAUCAUGUGGAUUGUUUGUGGUGUUUGGUGCGGCCUUGGUGCAUACUUGUACGCUGAGUUAGGGACCUUGAUUACCAAAUCCGGAGGAGAUUACGCUUAUAUCAUGGAGGCAUUUGGCCCGUUUAUUGCUUUCCUACGUCUGUGGAUUGAAGCCAUUGUCGUGAGACCUUGCUCAAUAACAAUCGUCAGUAUAACUUUUGCCAUCUAUAUGCUACGACCUUUAUAUCCCACAUGUGAUCCACCACCUUACGUCAUAGAGCUCCUUGCAGGGCUGUUAAUAGUUAUAUUGGGUUUGAUCAACUGCUGGUCUGUACGGCUGGCUGCAUCUGUUCAAGAUUGGCUCACGUAUGCGAAGGUGAUUGCACUCGUAUUGGUGAUUAUCACAGGUGCUGUACUAUUGCUUUUUGGUGGUCCUCAAUACAGGGAGUCGUUUGAAAAUAUUUUCGAAGGCAACUUUCGAAGCCUUCAUUACGCUUCAGUUGGCUUUUAUACGGGAUUAUUUUCAUAUCAAGGAUGGACCUUCUUGAAUUAUAUUACAGAGGAGCUUAUCAACCCCAAGAGAAAUUUACCCUUGGCUGUUAUUAUCUCAUGUACGAUCUGCACUGUUGUGUACACCCUCUUCAAUGUUGCUUUGUACACGGUAAUUUCACCCGAUGAAAUGCUUAUUAGUCCUGCUGUUGCUGUACUGUUUGCUGACAAGGUGUACGGUAAGCUUUCGUUUAUUAUGCCGUUUUGUGUGGCAGCUGCAACGGUAGGCUCUGCGAAUGGUGCAAUCUUAACCAGCUCAAGACUGUUUUUCUGUGGAGCUAGAGAAGGUCAAAUGCCAGUACUGCUGACGAUGAUCAACAAAAGGCUGCGCACACCUAUUCCUGCCGUUGUAUUCACAUGUUUUCUGUCAAUCGCUUAUCUGCUUUUGUCAAGUAAUCUUUAUGUGUUGAUAAAUGCGAGUCAAGUGACAGCCUGGCUUGGAAUCACUGUCGUCUCAUUAGCAUUACUAAGGCUCCGCUGUUUGUAUCCGGAUGCGGAAAGACCAGUAAAGGUUAAUCUCCUGCUGGUGAUCAUAUUCGUGAUUGGUUCGUCUGUCAUAGUCAUUAUGCCAGUAUUUGGAUCUCCUUUAGAUACAGCUUAUGGCUUGGCUAUAAUGCUCUCUGCCGUGCCUAUCUAUGUCUUGUUUAUCGGAAUGGAUGUGAUCCCCAAUUUUAUCAGAAGGGCUUUUGAAAAUAUGACCAUAUUUGUUCAAAAACUGUUCAUGGUGCUUGAUGACAGCGAUUAUACUAAGGACUAG